AUGGAAGCCUUGGAUACACGAAUUAGGACUUUACGGAGGGCCUUCGAGGAAUUAGAGGAAGAGUUUACAGACUCUAUUUUUAAAAUAAACUCCAAAGGAGUAGAAGAUUAUGAGGAGGCGAUAAAACAGUCAGAAAUUCGACAGGAACAUUUGAAGGCGUUACUAACUCUAACGAAGGAGAGAGCUUGUGAUGAAAUAAAAACUGUUAGGAAAGAGGUGAAGAGUACCUGGUCUAGGAAGUACAAACUGGAAGGCGUUAUGGAGUCUCAAAUCGCCUCCUACGAUGAAGAGAUGACCGCUCUGCAGGGCAAGUAUGAUGAAUUGAAAAAGGCGUUCGAUAGCGAGAAAGAGCAAAUGGAUAAUUAUCAGACGAAGAUGGCGGCUCUGUGGGUCGACCAUGAAGAGAUGUUAACUCAGAAGGAGGCAGAAAGGGAGCGAAAAAGAGCGGCGGAUACACGUGACGCCGCAGUGACAGAGGCCUGCAAGGUGAUCGAAACUUAUGCUCGUGCCUUCCUCGCUCGUAGGGCUGCAGCCGCCCCUGCCACAUCUCGCAGACGCCGCCGAGAGGAACGUUAA